UGGGAGGACCUGGUACGGAACACCAGCCCCGUUACUCAUCUGUUCGCGCAGGAUGAAAGAGUUUGUUUGCACUUCAUGGGCACCUUGCUCGGGAUACUGCACACCCUAGACGAUCAUGGUAUUCUGGAUCUCUCCAUUAAAGUCCUCGUGCAGCUACUGAUGGAACUGAAGUCCCAGCGGUUUGUCUACUAUGUACUGGAUGUGUGUCAGAAGAAGCUGUGUAACAUGUCCAGCACGAGGAGCAGUGUACCCACCCUGAUGCUCUUGGGAAAACUGCUGAAUGCCAUUCCCGCCCUUGCUCAACCGCUCGUGAUCGAACACGGCCCUAUAAUAGAAUACCUGCAGAAGUGCCUGAUGUAUCCGAACGACAGGGUGAAGGCCGCCGCCUGCUAUCUCUACGGGAAGCUCUUCUCCUCUCCUGCAACGGCAGAGCGGCUUUUGGAGUAUUUCAGGGAGAAGCUCUGUGCCCUCUUCCUCGCCACACUGGACAAUGCCCAGACCAAGGAGCUACAGGUUAAUGGCAUAGGUUUCCUAAAUCAGCUGCUGAAGAAUGACCUCUUUGUGUCCAUUAUAAUGAGCAAGUCAGGGCCGGGAGGAAGUCCUGAGAAUGGUACAGAGAGCAACCCGCUGCCUUUGGUCCUCAAAAAGCUGCUGCUGUCCCGAGAUGAGACGUUGCAGGUGGCGAGCACAGGUUGCAUGACGGCCGUGCUUCUUCAUUCCACGGCCAGAUACGCCCCCGCCUUCAUCCAGGCCGACAUCCCGGAGUUCCUGUUUGAGCACCUCUCCAGCACCAGCGAGAGCCUUAUCUUGUCCGUGUACAGAUGCUUGUUGCUCCUGACUGAAGAGCGACUUUUCUUUUCCAAGUGUCACAGCGUGUACGGGAUCGAGUCUUUGGUGAGGAGCCUGAAAGAGAUCCUCAAGCUGAACAACGCUGAGCUGCACAGGCAGGGACUCCAGCUGUUCGCUGAGAUUCUGAAGAGGCAACCGGUGGAGAUCAAACUGUUCACAAACAUGACCAUCUGUAAAGAUGCCGGCGAUGUUCUUCGGGAGGCGGUGAGUUGCCCUGUUCUGGAAGUGGCGGCCGAAGGCACGAAAGCGGUGGCUGCUUUUCUCAGGAAGGACCACGUAAGCUUCCCUCCGGUGCACUAUCAAGAACUGCAGGCCCUGAUCGAAGCAAUGCUGAGACGGUGCUCCGACCUGCCUCCUCUGUCUGGGACCUGGAGGCCCUCGAUAAGAUGGGAUCUGCCUUCUACGGAGAGGGAUCUUAUGGCUCAGGACCACCCAAUGAGCAGUGAUGUAAAGAGAGCCUUUCAACAUCAAGGAGCAUUCCUGAUAAAUGCCCUAGAGGGGUUCCGAAACGCCUGCAGAUUGGCCAUGGAAUUUCAGAAUGACCCCUUGGCGCAGGAGAACCCCUUCACAGCCCCCAGCACGGAGAAGGAGGACACGCCUAAGACCUUCUCAGAGUUUCUCUUGAGCGUCUGCGACACGUUCUGUAUCCCCAUGGUGUUGAGGCAUUCUGAAAAGGCCACCCUCCCGGCCCUGAUGGAGGUUUUCAUGUGGAUCCUUGGCAGCCUGUUUGCCCUCGUGCCCCACAAGGGAGAGAAGAUCUCCAGGAAGCUGGCUUCCUCCAAGUUCAUCCGACUGGCGCUGGAGCUCAAGGGCAAGUUCUGCUACGGACAGAGUAAUCCCGAGCUCAAUCAAGCGUGUUCCAAGUUCCUGUUAGGCAUGUGCUUCAACCUUUACUCUGCGGAACUGAAGACCGGGCCUCCUUCCCAGAAGGAGCUUGCCGAAGUAGCCGAACUCCUCCAGCAGAAUCUGCCCCUCAUAAACAACAGGGGCCCCAAACACCUCGCCCGCUUGCCGGACUUCCUCCGGGCGGACGAGGCCUCUCUCCAGCAACAAUAUUGUCUCGUGCUUCUCUUCUAUACCGCCCAUGUCAGUAAGGACAGGUUUGUGCCAGACCUGGAGCUGUUCUCGGCGGUCAGAGGGUUCCUUCUGUCGGUGCUGGAUCACGGAGACCGUCCCCCUGCCCCUGUCGUCCGGGCCAUUCUCUACCUGCUCGCCGUCUGUCAGAAGAAAGAGGAAGCUUUCGAUUUGGUCCUUCUGAAGGCCAUCAGAAAGGCCCUGGAGGGCGUUUCCGACCUGGGCCCCGUCUACGCGCACCAUCCCCUGCUACUGCGGCUCUUCCUGCAGCACCCGGACCUGAUGAGCGUCUACGGCCACCGGUUCCUGGAGCUCUGGUUUUCCUGGGAAGAGAGCAACCUCCCGGGGGCGGAGGGAGCCGCCCUCCCGUCCUUUUCUACUUGGUCUAAUUCCUCAGCUAGUCUGAAUACUCUUCUCUCCAUCCUGAAGGACAAUUCGAGUGUGCUGCUCAUUCUGCUGGACCUGGUCUGCUCCAGCCCCGUGGAUGUGGCCCACAGAGUGCUGCUGGUCCUCACCAACUUCCUGAGGAAGAACACGGACGCCUUAGGCGAGAGCCUCCUCUGCAAUCACUUCCUGCAGAUCCUGCAGCGGCUCCUGUUGGAGAGCGGGCCCGCCCCCUUGCAAGCCAACAGAAAUCUGCCUCUGUUGCUCGAACUCCUCUUCCUGGUUCAGCUGAAGAACGAAGCAAAGAAGGAGUUGGACAGCACCGACCUAAAGCUGCUUCACCAGGCAAUGGCGGUGCUGCUGUCCGGGGUGUCCAUGCUGCAGCUGCUGCAGAAGGUUUUGGAACUCCCGUGGGCGGGCCACCCUUCCGUCCCGCUCCGGCGCCCUCCGCCCUCCGAGUCGGGGCUCCUCUGCUCGGCCUGGCUGCUCGCGGCUUCCCUCUCUGACCAACGGCUCGUCGGCGGCUUGGAGGUGCAUCAGACGCUGUCGGUGGCGUUGGAUAAAAUCUUGAACAUCCUCAUCUUUUGGGAGAAGAAAGACGGACUGUUCUUAGCCAGCAUCCUGCGGUUCCUGAGGACGGCCCUGCGGCAGGACUUCUCGUCCACCUCCGUGCUGGUCACCAGUUCCGAGCCAGACCUGCCGCCCCAUCCUCAAGACGCCCGCCUCGCCCCGCUCUCCACGCGUCAGGUCUUCUCCCUGGUCAUAGGCCUUCAGAACCUCUUGCUCCAGAAGGACCGGAUGCUGACGGGGGCUGCCGUCGGCUGCCUGGAAGCCCUGCUGGAUUUUCUGCACACCAAGAGCCAGGAUGUCGCAUUCCACGUGGCCUCUCAGCCCUGGAACCGGUUUUUGUUCCUCUUACUCAUGGAUAUCAGAAAUAACUCCUUCCUUAGCUCCGAGAUCCUGAGGCUCAUGACCGUGUUUGCCAAGUUCCCGUGCGGCCACAUCGUCCCUCAGGAGGACGUCCGCCUCAUGCUGCAGGAGGCGAGCGGGGCCGAGCUGUCGGAGCUCCCCGACGACACGGCCCGGGCCAUGGGCGGUCUCCUCCUGCAGCUGCAGAAGGCACAGUCUCCCAGUGAUCCAGAAGCAGCCGGGACCAUUCAGACCUUGCUGGAAGGUCUGGCCAGAAGAACCUCCGCCCGGCAGCCCCAUCGGGACAUGCUAUGCCUGAGGGGCGUGGCCGUGUCCCUCGCUCACUUGCAAGACUGAGCCGGGGGGGGCAGACGCGGGGGAAAUCCGGACCGGGAGGGAAGGAAGACGAGACAGCUCCCAGCUGGUUAUGUCAGAACCCGGAAGUCAUCCGCAGCCGACUUUCCGAGCUCGUUUAUCUUGUUGUUGAAAUGCAGCCGGGGAAUAAAAACCCGUCAUUCCGCUCUUG